AGAUCCAAAGUCGUUUUUUUACGAGGUCGACAACUCCCAUGUUCGUAAUUGGACAGAAGAGUCUCUCUCUCUGUGUCGCAUAUAAAUGAAUGGACUCUGUUUCAAGUGUCAAACUACACUACGUGCAAAGCUAUUCCUCUCUCUUUCUCUGUGAUCUCUAGUGUUCAGUGGAUCAUAUAAAGAAGGUAUUUUAGGAUUUUGAGUUCGUUUUGGAGAAAAAUGGCGUCGGUAGUAGAGGGGCCGUUUCCUCUGGAGAUUCUGGAGAAGGAGCGUACCUCUGAGCCGUCAGAUGCUGUGGUGUUCGUUGGAAUCAGUUUGGCGUUGGGCAUCGCUUCAAGGCAUCUCCUUCGUGGCACUAGAGUCCCUUAUACGGUUGCCUUGCUCAUAAUUGGCAUUGGUCUUGGCUCUCUAGCAUAUGGUACAAAUCAUCGAUUAGGGAAGAUCGGCAAUGGAAUUAAUCUCUGGGCAAAUAUUAAUCCUGACCUUCUAUUGGCUGUUUUUCUUCCUGCUCUUCUUUUUGAGAGCUCAUUUUCAAUGGAGGUGCACCAGAUAAAGAGAUGCAUGGUACAGAUGGUUCUACUUGCUGGUCCAGGUGUUCUAAUUUCAACCUUCUGUCUUGGAUCUGCUUUGAAGCUCACAUUUCCUUAUCAUUGGAGCUGGAAAACAUCAUUGUUGCUAGGAGGGCUUCUUAGUGCGACUGACCCUGUUGCCGUUGUGGCCUUGCUGAAAGAGCUUGGUGCAAGCAAAAAAUUGAGCACGAUAAUUGAAGGAGAGUCCUUGAUGAAUGAUGGGACAGCUAUUGUGGUAUAUCAGCUAUUUUAUCAAAUGGUGCUUGGACGGAGCUUCAAUGUGGGAGACAUUAUCAAAUUUUUAACACAAGUUUCACUUGGAGCUGUAGGUAUUGGGCUUGCCUUUGGCAUAGCAUCUGUUUUUUGGCUGGGGUUUAUUUUCAAUGAUACAGUGAUAGAGAUUGCAUUGACACUUGCUGUGAGCUAUAUUGCGUAUUUCACUGCUCAAGAAGGGGCUGCUGUUUCGGGUGUCUUGACGGUGAUGACUCUUGGGAUGUUCUAUUCUGCAGUUGCAAGGACGGCUUUUAAGGGUGAAGGUCAGCAGAGCUUGCAUCAUUUUUGGGAAAUGGUCUCUUACAUUGCUAAUACUCUAAUAUUCAUCUUAAGUGGGGUUGUAAUAGCUCAAGGUGUUCUGAGCGGUGACCAUCAUUUUGAGGGCGAUGGAACAUCAUGGGGCUACCUCAUCCUCCUCUAUGUUUUUGUUCAAGUCUCACGGGCCAUAGUUGUGGGAAUAUUAUAUCCCUUUCUGCAAUAUUUUGGAUAUGGUUUGGAUUGGAAGGAUGCAAUUAUUCUUACAUGGUCUGGUCUGCGAGGUGCAGUGGCGUUAUCGCUAUCGCUGUCGGUCAAGCGUUCCAGUGACACCUCAUCUUUUCUUGAUCAGAGCACAGGAUUUCAGUUUGUUUUCUUCACUGGCGGCAUUGUGUUCCUGACGCUUAUUGUUAAUGGAUCAACAACACAAUUUAUUUUGCAUCUUUUGGAUUUGGAUAAGCUAUCAGCAGCAAAGAGGCGCAUAUUGGACUUUACAAGGUAUGAGAUGAUGAACAAAGCACUAGAGGCUUUUGGCGAUCUUGGGGAUGAUGAAGAACUAGGGCCUGCUGACUGGCCUACAGUGAAAAGAUAUAUUGCAUGCUUAAGAGACCUAGAAGAGGGACAACUGCAGCCACAAGAUGCAUCUGGAAGUGAUCAAAAUUUGGAACACAUGAAUCUGAAGGAUAUACGAGUACGGCUUUUAAAUGGUGUUCAGGCUGCCUACUGGGGGAUGCUUGAUGAGGGAAGAAUAACCCAAGAUACAGCAAAUCUUUUGAUGCAAUCAGUUGAUGAAGCAAUUGAUCUGGUAUCCCAUGGACCCUUAUGUGAUUGGAGGGGCCUCAAAGCUCAUGUUCAUUUCCCAAAUUAUUAUAGGUUCCUCCAGAUGAGCAUUUGUCCUCAAAAGUUGGUGACAUAUUUUACAGUGGAACGGUUAGAAUCUGCAUGUUGCAUUUGUGCUGCAUUUCUCCGUGCCCACAUAAUUGCAAGGAGGCAACUCCACGAAUUUAUUGGUGAAAAUGAGGUUACUUCCAUAGUCAUUAAAGAAAGUGAGGAUGAAGGAGGGGAAGCAAGACAAUUCUUAGAAGAUGUUCGUGUUACAUUCCCCCAGGUUUUGCGUGUCGUGAAAACAAGGCAAGUGACACAUUCGAUUCUUCAACAUUUGAGUGAUUACGUCCGCAAUCUUGAGAAGGUUGGAUUGUUGGAAGAGAAAGAGAUGCUUCAUCUUCAUGAUGCUGUUCAGACUGACUUGAAGAAACUUCUAAGAAAUCCUCCCUUGGUGAAGGUGCCUAAAAUAAGAGAUUUGUCUGCAAUCCAUCCGUUCCUUGGAGCUCUUCCUCCUGUAGCCCGUGAACCUCUUCUUGGUUCUACCAAAGACAUAAUGAAAUUACAUGGUGUUGCUCUUUACAAGCAGGGAUCCAAGACAAAUGGGAUAUGGCUUAUUUCAAUUGGGGUGGUCAAGUGGGAAAGUAAGAGUUUGAGAAACAAACGUUCACUGCAUCCAACAUUUUCACAUGGAAGUACUUUGGGCCUCUAUGAGGUUCUAGUUGGGAAGCCUUACAUCUGUGACAUGAUCACAGAUUCUGUUGUGCAUUGUUUUUUUAUUGACACAGAAAAGAUACUUUCAGUGCUGAGAUCAGACCCUUCUGUAGAAUAUUUUCUGUGGCAGGAAAGUGCAAUUGUCUUGGCCAAACUCUUACUUCCUCAGAUGUUUGAGAAAAUGCCAAUGCAAGAAUUGAGAGCUCUUGUUGCAGAGAGAUCAAUGAUGAACAUAUACACAAGGGGUGAAACUGUAGAAGUGCCAAGCCAUUCAAUUGCUUUACUAUUGGAAGGGUUCAUAAAAAACCAAGAUGAACUGAUUACAUCUCCAGCAGCACUUUUGCCAUCAUGUGGAGAGCUGAGCUUUACCAAUCAGGAAACAACAGGUGUGAAGGCAACAAGUUUCUGUCACCAAGGAUCCUGGUAUCAGGUUGAGACAAGAGCAAGGGUAAUCCGUUUUAAUAUUGCAGCAUUUGAGGCUGACAGUGGGCUUCUGAAAAGGCCAGCUUCAUUGGUCCCGCAUUCAGUCGAUCCCCAAAGAUGCCCUAGUCGAGAGUACAGACGUUUUAUGAGUUGGCCUGAGAAUUUCUACAAACCAAAACGAUGCCAUCGGCACCCUGAUGUAGCUGAUCAGGAAGCAAACAAUCUGUCUGCAAGGGCAUUGCAGCUGAGCAUUUACGGCAGCAUGGUUGGUGAGACACACAGGUGGACUCGAAACUUUCCGAGGACCUCUCAAACUAAGUCAUCACAUGGCGAGUCAUAUCCCAGAAUUCGUUCAACUGGAGUACUUGGCCGUCGACUAGUUUCUGCCAGAUCCGAGGGAGCUGCUACUGUUAACAAUGGCUUCAAAACAAAAGAAUUAACGGGGCCAAACCCCAGUACCCUGAUUCCAAAUAGAAAAACCAAAAAAAUUUAUCAAGUUGAUGAUUCUAGCGAUGAAUCAGGUAGUGAUGAUGGAUUUAUUGUGAGAAUUGAUUCCCCAAGUACACUAUCUUUCCGUUAGGCUUCUUGGAGUCAGUUUUGUUCUAUCUUCAAGGGUCACGCUCAUGUUUCCUUUGUAUCAUUGUAAAAUAGCUGUUCAGUGCUGUUCUAUCUAAUUAUCUCAGAUUUGUAAAGCAAUACUGAUUAAAUAAAUGAAUUAUUAUUAUAUCU